CGCGGAGGGCAGCCGCGUCUCGCCGAGCAGCGCGGAUAGCGCCGAGGCUUCCUACACGGAGUGCAAUGGCUCGCAGGGCUGCCGGGCCCGACAGGAGAGCUCCACCUGGGACGGAGGAAGGCGAGGCCUAGACGCAGGCCUGUCCAACACCUCGCCGAGCUACGAGUUGCUGAGGACCGAUGGCUAUCGAUUAUGUCGACGCAAGCUGGAGGUCUUCGAGCGUUGCUGCAGGAAGCGCGGCACCACCGAAGUCAGCGAGGGAACGUGUUUUGUCAUAAACUCGCUGCAGGGUGAGGCCGCGCCGGCUACGGAGGAUAUCGACGGGGAUCUAUUAGAGACAGAAGAGGUUUUCAGGCCGUUGUUCCAGGUGUUGGACGAGUGCUACAAGCACGACCGCCAGACUGAGUCGCCAGCCCGCACAGAUCUUUUCUUCGGCAAGUUUGCUCGCCUGGAGAAGGAGACGAUGAAACUGUAUUGUCUUCGCCACAAGGGAGAGCUCAGGGAGCUCAAGGAGGUUGUGAUGGAGAUCCCAGAUAUGCUGGCGGGCUGGCACCUCUUCACGCGCGACGUGAAACGAGUGGAGAAGAUGUUGGUCAGUCAGAGCUUGCAGAACGAUGCGAACUACGUGAGCGAUUUCGAGCGGGAGAGAGGCCUGGGCUACGAAGACACGUACCUGGAGGAGGAAGAGGAACUGCCGCAGGAGGUCGAGGUGACCCAAGUGGCGCGCGACGAGGCCUACCUCAGCUUCGCGGGCGCGGAGAAACGCGCGGCGGAGAUCGCCGGGCCCGGAG